AUGUCGUUUACAGAUAUAGGGCGGUUGCGAGCGCAUCCUAUCCAAUCCACGCUCUUACGUCCUUGGGAAUGGGCAUUUCUUUUCGUCGAUAAGAAAACCAAAUAUUGGGUGCAGCGACCGCGAUUCAAGGGUAAUCGACCGAACCUCAGCAUUUCAACCUCGGAGGAUCAAGUAACAUUGCAUCACCUUUGUGCUAACUGCCAAUCCAUAUUCCAAUCGUCAAAACUUCUUCACGGAUCAUGGCAGCUGUUAAUUGACUCUACUGAGACGCAUUUGCUUCAUGGAUCACUUAAUAAAUUGCGAGAAUCAGCCAAGGGAGGUUGCCACUUUUGUUCCUUGUUGUUGAAUUAUAUCCAAAUCACAGAGCUGGAAAUCAUAGGAAAAGCCAAAUGUCAAUGUUGGAUUACGAUCACUACAGGUUUCGGAAACUGGUCAGCUCACUAUGACCUUUUCGUCGGAUUCGGCACCCCAUAUGCAUCGACAGACACCACAAAGAACCCAUUACGUCUCGAACUCAUGGAUCCAGGUCCUGCAAAUUCUAAGAAAAUCUCGUUCGAUUAUAAGUUUCGAGAUGCGCCGUCACUCUCCUCUGUUUCGACAGGCUCGCUUGCUCAUUUCGAAUUGGCUAGCUACUGGCUCCGCAACUGCAAAGAAUUUCAUUCUGCGUGUUGUAAGACUACCGACUCUUCUGUUUUGCCAAGUAGACUCGUGGAUGUAGGCAGCCUCCAUCUACCGCAACUCGAAUUAUACAUCUGUAAGGCAUCCGAUCAUGACCUACAAUAUCUAACCCUGAGCCAUUGCUGGGGUGAUGUCAAAGACCUUCCCACUCUGAAAACGGAAAAUCUUCAGGGUAUGCAAAACAGUAUUAGUCUAGAUACUUUGCCAAAAACUUUCACAGAUGCUAUUGUCAUAACCAGGAAUCUUGGAAUUAAGUAUCUAUGGAUCGACUGCCUCUGUAUCAUCCAAGAUAACGCUGAAGACUGGGCACGAGAAGCUUCUUUCAUGGGUACGUACUACGAGAACUCACAAUGCUCAAUUGCCGCCGCUUCAGCGGAGAAUGCCCUCCAAGGAUGUUUCUCGUCUCGUAAUCCACUCACCAUUGCCCGCUGUCAUAUCGCCGGUCCAGAUCCCCAAUCCAAAGGCCUUUACAUCAAACCUGCUGAAGCAUCGACUCUAGAUGAGGUCACCCCCCGACUGAAUACCAGAGGCUGGGUGUUGCAAGAGGAGAAGCUGUCCCGACGGACACUAACACUAGGAAAAACUGGUAUUAAGUGGGAGUGUAAAUUUGGAAAGGCAGCUGAGAACGAUAUGUACGGCAUUGGCACUGGGAGACGUCGAAAAAGCGAUCGUAUCCGCAACCGUCUGUUUGAACCUGUCGGUUCGAAUCCUUGGUCAGACACACAAGUCCUGUCGCUGGACUUCCUCAGCGUAUUCCGAGAUGGAUACAGAAGCAGUUCUCCCGCAGAGUUUCACUGGUACUGGUUCUCGUUGGUCCACGAUUAUUCAAAGAGAAACCUCACUUACUCAUCUGACAAGCUCGUGGCGCUUUCUGGCCUGGCGAAUGCGAUCAAAAGAAUUGUGAGAAAAGAAUAUGCUGCGGGUCUUUGGGAGGACAAUCUGAAUUAUGAUCUCCUCUGGAAAGCUGUUGGACAACCUUACCCCAAGCCAAAAUCUUACAGAGCCCCAUCUUGGUCUUGGGCUUCGGUAGAUGGCAUUAUAUGCUCGUCUGAAGAUACAGGUCUGGACGGCGUAUUCCAAUUUCAGGAUACUAUCAGUGAUUUGCCUAUUGCCCAACUCGCCACAAUUGAAUCCGUGCAUGCGGUUACCUCAUCAGCGGACACCAACGGCACCGGUCAAGUCCUCGCCGGCGACCUAACAAUCCGCGGAAUGUUAAAGGAGGUUCGACUUUCGGAAAUGGGGCACAGACUUGACACAUGGGAGCGCCAUUGGGAUCGAAAGGUCUUCACAGAUCAACAACCGCUUCGUUAUUUCCCGGAUUCGUCCGAUGAGCUUGAGGACAAUGCGUUUUUGCUUCCUAUGCGGCAGGUGCGGAAUACAAGUGAUAGUCCGGGGAUAUGGCAAGAUGACUUUGUGUUGAAGAUUGAGGGGUUAGUACUGGUUCCGGGAGAAUAUGGGAUGUUUAUGAGGGUGGGCGCGUUUAUGUUGUGUAGUAGGAAGUUUGACAGGAAGAUUGCGGACUGGUUUGUGGGGUGUGAGGAGAGGGAGGUUGUGAUUAGGUAG